AUGACCAAUGCCACCACAGUGACAGAAUUCCUGCUCCUGGGUUUCUCAGAGAUCCAGGAGCGGCAGAUCGUCCAUGUUUUUACAGAGCUAGUCAUCUUCACAGUGAUGUUCUAUGACGGCUACUUGGCCAUCUGCCACCCCCUGUGCUACGCGAUAAUCAUGAAUCAAGGGGCCUGUGUGAAGAUGGCCGCCACUUCUGCAUUGCACACAGCCAGAACCUUCUCCUUCUAUGGGCCCAGAGUUGUGGGCCAUUUCUUCUGUGACAUCCCCCAGUUACUCACCAUCUCCUGCUCUCCUGAUCUCCUCAGACAGGUGGUGCCCAUCUACAUCAAUGUGACUUUCGAAUUCUGCUGUUUCAUUGUCAUCGUCGUCUUCUACAUCCAUACCAUGGUGAUGGUGCUAAGGAUGCUGUCUGCAGAAGGCCGGACCAAAGCCUUCUCCACCUGCCUGCCCCACCUCGUCGGCAUCACUCUUUUCGUCUCCAUGGGGCUCUUAGCCUACCUCAAGGCCCCCUCGUACUCCCCCUCAGUUAUGGACCUUCUGGUGUCCAUGUUCUACACGGUGGUGUCCCCCACCGUGAACCCCCUCAUCUACAGCCUGAGGAACAGAGACAUGAAGGUUCAGAAGCUACAACUGGUCCAUGCCAUCCUGUUCCUCCUGGUCUACCUGGCGGUCCUGACGGGAUAUCUCCUCAUCUUCGCUGUCAUGGCCUUUAACCAGCACAUCCACACCCCCAUGUACUUCUUCCUCAGAGCUGUUCAUCUCACGGCGAUGUCCUUCAACCGCUACGUGGCCAUCUGUCGCCCCCUGAACUAUGUCAUCAUGGACCGAGGGACCUGUGGGAAGAUGGCUGCUGCUUCAUGGCUCUACGGGAGCCUGACGGCAGUGCCACCCUCUAACUCCCCCUCCACGCUGGACCUGCUGGUGUCCUUGUUCUACAAGGUGGUGCCUCCCGCCUUAAACCCCUUCAUCUAA